AUGCCGCUGGGCGCAUAUGGCGGCGGCGGGCUUGGCCCCGGCCUUGGCCUGGGCCCCGGGCUGGAGCUGGACGCCCCGCCCGGCGCACGCGGCAGCGGCGGCGCCAAGCGGCCCCCGCUGCUGGCGCAGCAUCAGGGGAACUACGGCGGCGCCCACGGCCACUACUCUGCCGGGCAGGGCCGCAGCCUGCUGGCCGCUCAGUUCAUGAGCGAGGCGCUGCGUCAGCAGCUGCAGCAGUACAACUACCUGGUGCAGUCGCAGUGGAUGCCGACAGGAGACGAGCCGGCGCUGCCAGACAUGGUGGGCCCCUACCACACGCUCUACCCCCUGGAGGACCUGACAGCAGCGGAGGAGCACCCAUCGGCGGCGCUGGGCGUGCGCACCUGCGUGGUCAAGGGGGUGCUGCCCAGUGGCGAGUUGCUCUCCAACGCGCGGCAGUCUGUGGAGCACUGGUCGCAGCUGUCGGGGCACCCGGGACUGGUGUGCCCGCGCGAGGCCUUUGUCACAGCUGACCUGGACGGGAGCCCCUCCCUGGUCGUGGCGCACCCAUACCACCCCGGGGCCGUCACCAUCGCCCAGACGGCAUCCGGCCAGCUCGUGCGCAACUCACCCAACGAGAACGCCCUCUGGAGCUACAUUGUGCAGCUCUCGGCCGCGCUGCGCGCAGUGCACGCGGCAGGCCUGGCGGUGCGCCCCGCGUGCCUGUCCCCCAGCAAAGUGCUGGUGCUGCCUCUGGGGCGGCUGCGCAUCGGAUGCCUGGGGCUGGCUGAGGCACUGGCGGGUGAUGUGGCGCCGGGGCAGGAGGAGCUGCUGCAGGCUCAGCGCGACGACGUCAUGGCCAUGGGCCAGCUGCUGCUGACGCUGGCCUGCUCAGCCGGCGGCGUUGCGGUGCCCAACCUGGACUUUGCGGCGGCGCACUUCUCCCCGGACUUUGUCCGCGCGCUGGCGCUGCUGCUGGGGGCGGGGGAGGGCGGCGCGUUCAGCUGGCGGCACGUGGCCGCGCUGGCCGGGGAGCGCAUGAUGGUGGAGGUGGACGCGCUGGCGGCGUUCAACGACAAUCUGGUGUCAGACCUGGCCAAGGAGAUGGAGAAUGGGCGGCUGCUGCGGCUGUUGGUGAAGCUGGGCUUCAUCAACGAGCGGCCAGAGGGCGACCUGGUGGGGGGCCCCCGGGAGGGAGGGGCAGAGGGAUGA